AUGGAGGCUGCCGCUCCUCUGCCGCAGCAAGUCGACAUAGACAUGCCUCUCCCAGACCCAGACCAAGAAGAAGAAGAAGCAUCACCGCCACCACCCGCCUCGUCCACCUUCAUCCCGCCCUCAGUCCACAAAGACGCCCUCCUCUCCGGCGCCUCCUACUCGCACUUCUCGCCCAUCCCCGCCUCGCUCCUCGCCCCGUCCGACGCGACAUCCUCCGCCCCCCCGCCGCCCUGCGCCCUCGGUGUCGACGAGGCCGGCCGCGGCCCCGUCCUCGGCCCCAUGGUCUACGGCGUCUUCUUCCUGCCCCUGCCGCUGUCCGACCCGCUGCUGCGCGACACGCACCACUUUGACGACUCCAAGGUGCUCACCCCGGCCGUGCGCUCCGCCCUCGUUCGCACCCUCUGCACCCCGGGCUCCGACCUGCACGCCUCGUGCGGCUGGGCCACGGCCGCCCUCUCCGCCAGGGACAUCGCCGCCAACAUGCUGCGCCCCGUCGGCGUCUACAACCUUAACGCCCAGGCCAUGGACGCCACCGUCGACCUCAUCAAGGGCGUCUACGCCCGCGGCGUCAACGUCCAGGAGAUUUACGUCGACACCAUCGGCCAACCUGCCGCCUACCAGGCCAAGCUCCAGCGCGUUUUUCCCACGGCCAAAAUCACCGUCGCCAAAAAGGCAGACAGCCUCUACCCUUGCGUCAGCGCCGCCUCCGUCUGCGCAAAGGUCACCCGCGACGCCGCCCUCGAGGAGCUCUACAGGGCCCGCGCUGGCCCACUGCCUGCGGGUGACGGCGACACCGCCAUGGCUUGGGGCUCCGGCUAUCCUGCCGACGCCCGGUGCGUCAGCUGGAUGAAGAGCAACAUGCACCCCGUCUUCGGCUGGGGCCCCGAGUGUCGCUUCAGCUGGGGCACGGCCAAAGACAUGAUCGAGGGUAAGGGGAAUGGCGGCGUCAAGGUGGACUGGCCGGUGCUCGAUGACGGCGAGACGAGUCGCGUGACCGACUUCUUUUCGUCCGCAACGGACGACGAGGAGUCCAACGAGCUAGGGGCCUGGUUCGGCACGUCCGUGGGACUCGAGGCGUUCUAG